GAGGAGAGCGCCGGGGGAGCUGGGGCGCCUGUCCCGCUCGCCUCUUGACUCGCGUGGCCACCAGCCGCCUACACCUAGUGUCUGGGAAGCCUCCAACCUGCGGCCUCCCAGCCUGGGGCAGCACUGCGCGGACCAGAGUGCUCCAGAAAGCUGCCACCUGAGUGCGCGGGGCCGACCUCCGAGACGCCGCUGGGGCCGGGCGUGGCUUGGCCGGAGGGUCUGCAGCGCUGAGAGGCUGGGGGUUCUCCCCGUGCCUGAGGAAGAGAGUGAAAGAGACCUGAGGGGAGAGAACAGCCUCGGGGCCGCACGGGGGACUGGCGUGAGACCAGGAUAGUCGCAGAGCGGCCAUCGCCAUGCCCGGGCCUCAGGGCGCCUGGGUGAAGUGAGCAUGCCUCGGUAGCCUGGGUCUCGGUAGUCAGCACCUUGAGGUGCUACCUCAAGGUGCUGCUCCUUCUCCCCACUCAGACUUGGAGCCCCGUAGGAGCAGGAAAUCCACGGUUUUCCAGGAAACACAAAUGCAGACAGUGUGGUGCACUACAGACUCCAACCUCCCUUUGAAGCCAGGUUCCUGCGCUUUCUCCCUUUAGCCUGGAACCCCAGGGGUAGGAUUGGGAUGCGGAUUGAAGUGUACGGAUGUGCAUAUAGGAAAUGUGUCCUUCUCAUGUCCACAGCCACAGACUGUCCCUGUGACUUUUCUGAGCUCCAGGAGUUAUCUAGCUCUGCCGGCCAAGUCUGGGGAGGACAAAGUGUCUGUCACUUUCCAAUUUCGAACGUGGAACAGAGCAGGACAUUUGCUUUUCGGCGAACUUCAACGUGGUUCAGGGAGCUUCAUCCUCUUUCUUAAGGAUGGCAAGCUCAAACUGAGUCUCUUCCAGCCGGGACAGUCACCAAGGAAUGUCACAGCAGGUGCUGGAUUAAACGAUGGGCAGUGGCACUCUGUGUCCUUAUCUGCUAAGUGGAGCCAUAUGAAUGUGGUAGUGGACGAUGACACCGCUGUUUAGCCCCUGGUGGCUGUGCUCAUUGAUUCAGGUGACACCUAUUAUUUUGGAGAUCUCUGCCCCUUUGUCCGAAGAGCCAAAAAUGACCAAGUCCCUGGAAUCAGUGUCAUUCAAGGACGUAACUGUAGACUUCAGUAGGGAUGAGUGGCAACAAUUAGACCUUGCUCAGAAAAGCCUGUACAGAGAAGUGAUGCUGGAAAACUAUUUCAACUUGAUCUCAGUGGGAUGUCAAGUUCCCAAACCAGAAGUCAUCUUCAGCUUGGAACAAGAAGAGCCAUGUAUGUUGGAUGGUGAGAUCUCCGGUCAGAGCCAUCCAGCCCCAUCUGGACCUGCUUGGAGCUGUCCCCAGAAAGCCUCAUUAUAUGGAGACAUUGGUUUUGGACCUUUACAACAGAGAAUGUCUGAAGAAAUUUCUUUCCAGUCUGAGAUUAAUAUUAAUCUCUUCAAAAGAGAUGACCCAUAUUCCAUUUUAGAAGAAUUGUGGAAAGAUGAUGAACACACAGGAAAAUGUGGAGAAAACCAGAAGAAACCUUUAAGUCAUGUUGCCUUCAUUAACAAGAAAACACUAGCUAACGACAGGGUCUGUGAAUAUAAGGACAUUGGGGAAAUAGUUCAUGUAAACACACACCUGGUUUCCUCAAGAAAAAGACUCCAUAACUGUAACUCAUUUGGAAAGAAUUUGGAGCCUAUUGUAACCUUAUAUAAUAGAAACAAUGCAACAGAAAAUUCUGAUAAGACUAUUGGAGAUGGUGAUAUUUUCACUCAUAUGAAUUCUCAUACAGAAGUGACGGCUUGUGAAUGUAAUCAGUGUAGGAAAUCUCUGCAUCAUAAGCAAGCUCUCAUUCAACAUCAGAAAAUUCAUACUAGAGAGAGCCUCUAUUUGUUUUCUGACUAUGUAAAUGUUUUCUCCCCGAAGUCACAUGCCUUUGCACAUGAGAGCAUUUGUACUGAAGAAAAGCAGCAUGAAUGCCAUGAACGUGAGGCAGUCUUCACUCAGAAGUCCCAGCUUGAUGGCCGUCAGAGGAUUUAUGCAGGAAUAUGCACUGAAUAUGAGAAGGAUUUUUCCCUCAAGUCAAACCAUCAGAAAACUCCUGAGGGGAAUUACUAUAAAUGCAGUGACUAUGGAAGAGUCUUUAUCCAGAAGUCAGAUCUGUUCAGAUGCCAGAGAAUUCAUUCUGGAGAAAAACCCUAUGAGUACAGUGAAUGUGAGAAAAACCUCUCUCAGAAUUCAAACCUUAAUAUACAUAAAAAAAUUCGUACUAGAGAGAAACACUUUGAAUGUACUGAAUGUGGAAAAGCUUUCACAAGGAAAUCAACACUAAGUAUGCAUCAGAAAAUUCAUACAGGAGAAAAACCUUAUGUAUGUACUGAAUGUGGAAAGGCCUUUAUCCGGAAGUCACAUUUUAUCACACAUGAAAGAAUUCAUACUGGAGAAAAACCCUAUGAAUGCAGUGACUGUGGGAAAUCCUUUAUUAAAAAAUCACAACUCCAUGUGCAUCAGCGAACUCACACAGGAGAGAAUCCCUUUAUAUGUUCAGAAUGUGGGAAGGUCUUCACUCACAAGACAAAUCUCAUUAUACACCAGAAAAUCCACACAGGAGAAAGACCCUAUAUAUGUACUGUAUGUGGUAAGGCCUUUACUGACAGGUCAAAUCUCAUUAAGCACCAAAAAAUUCAUACUGGAGAGAAACCUUAUAAAUGCAGCGACUGUGGAAAAUCAUUCACCUGGAAGUCACGGCUCAGGAUACAUCAGAAGUGUCAUACUGGAGAGAGACACUAUGAAUGCAGUGAAUGUGGGAAAGCCUUCAUUCAGAAGUCAACACUAAGUAUGCACCAGAGAAUUCAUAGAGGGGAAAAACCAUAUGUUUGCACUGAAUGUGGUAAGGCCUUCUUCCACAAAUCCCAUUUUAUUACACAUGAGAGAAUUCAUACUGGAGAGAAACCCUAUGAAUGCAGUAUUUGUGGGAAAUCCUUCACUAAGAAAUCACAACUCCAUGUACAUCAGCAGAUUCACACAGGAGAGAAACCCUAUAGAUGUGCUGAGUGUGGAAAGGCUUUUACUGACAGAUCAAAUCUUUUUACACACCAGAAAAUUCACACUGGAGAGAAACCUUAUAAAUGUAGUGACUGUGGGAAAGCCUUCACUCGGAAGUCGGGUCUCCAUAUACAUCAGCAAUCCCAUACUGGAGAAAGGCAUUAUGAGUGCAGUGAAUGUGGGAAAGCCUUUGCAAGAAAAUCAACACUAAUUAUGCAUCAGAGAAUUCAUACUGGAGAGAAACCCUAUAUUUGUACUGAAUGUGGGAAAUCCUUCAUCCAGAAGUCACACUUAAAUAGACACAGGAGAAUUCAUACUGGAGAGAAACCCUAUGAAUGCAGUGACUGUGGGAAGUCUUUCAUUAAGAAAUCACAACUCCAUGAGCAUCAUCGAAUUCACACAGGAGAGAAACCAUAUAUAUGUGCUGAGUGUGGAAAGGCCUUCACCAUCAGAUCAAAUCUUAUUAAACACCAGAAAAUUCAUACUAAACAGAAACCCUAUAAGUGCAGUGACUUGAGGAAAGCCUUAAACUGGAAGCCACAACUCAGUAUGCCUCAGAAAUCUGACACUGGGGAAGUAGAGUGCUCAAUGCCACAAUUAUGGUGUGGGGACUCAGGAGGUGACCAAGGCCAACUUUCUUCUAUCUAGUUAGAAUUAUGAACAUCUGGAUCAUACAGCUGAUGUGCAGUUAUGCAUAUGGGGAGACACUUUUGAGAGUGUUUAAGCAUUGUAUAGUGGUCAUCUUUGGUUAUUUGUUAUUGGUAUUGUCAAGCUCCUGCAAAUAAUAGUAAAUGUGCAAGGAGAUGAUUUGCAGUCUUUCUUGUUUCACUUUUUGAGCAAACAGUUUUAUCAAUUCAGGGCUGUUGAGUUUUUCAUGUUCUGGGUACCAAAACUAUUCAAUAUUGACCCCAAAAAUUCAUUAAUGAGUAGAGUGAUGAGAUAAUUUUACAUUGUCUAAGCAGCCUAAGGACACUGAGAUCAAGGCUAAAGGAGGGCAGUUCAGGUCUAUAAUGAAAAUGAAUCAGCAGUUUUUGUGAAAACACUAAAGACAGAAAGGAAGGACUCUACUUUUUUAAGAUUUUCUUUGGGAAGUCACCAUUAUAUAUUGUUAUAUCUGUUGGCGUAUGCUGGGGCAGAAGUUAGCCAAGAGGUCUGAAAUUACUCUUUGCCUAUUUCUCAAAAGUCUAUUUCCCCAGUGAUGUAAGCAACAGCGCCCUAACUACUUACUACCUUAGAACUAGCGCUAAGAUCAUGGAACUUAGCUACAGGGACCCAGAUCUAGAUAGCAGCACUUUAGAUCCUCAGCUUUGACCACAGAAACCUGCACUUUUUUGAUGUUGUUGUUACCAACUCCUGUUUGAAAAAUAGGACAAAUUAAGAAAAUGGAUAUCAAAUCCUAAAAUCUUUCCCACUAAUUUUGUUAGUACGUUCUCUACAUAUUUGUUACCUACUAGAUUACCAUUUACUUAGAAGAUAAAAUGUAGUUGAACAUUUGGAAGACUUCUUUUAUCUCCUCACAGUCUCUACAAACUAAUCUUAAUUUUGUUUUUCAAAUUCUCUGUAUUUGAGUAGACUUUUUUUCUUCUAUCAAAUACUAAAAGAAGUGUGUUGUGAUUUUACAAAUAAUUGUGAAUUUGUCUCCUUUAGAGCUACUAAUUUUUGCUUUAUAUAUUUUGUCUUUGAUUUUACAUACAAUUUAGAAUUGUUAUAAUCUUCCUUGUUAAUUGACACAUUAUCAUUACUAGAUGUUUCUUUUUAUCUCUAGUAAUUUUUGCCUUAAAUGUACUAUGUCAGAUACUAAUAUAAUACACAUACGGAUUAAAAGUUAAUGUAAAUUAGUACUAACAACAUUUCUGGACAAGGGGAGAAGUUAUAACAUUAAUUUCAUUUAUUUGUCUCUCAUAUGGUAUUAAUGUUGUAUAUCUGGAUUCUGUAUAUGGUGAACAUAGCCAAUCAUUAUUUGAGUCAAUAGCCAUUUAAAUUAACCCACAUAUUUAUCAUUUUAAUUACUUUUUUAUUUUUCCUGUCCUUUAAGUUUUCCUCUAGAAUUAUGUUGCUUCUUACUGAAGAACACCCUUUAGUAUUACUUUUACUGUGAGUUUGCUGGUGACAAAUUGUUCUUUGUUUGUUGGCAGUGUUUUAUUUUGCCUUCAUUUUUGAAGGAUACUUUUACUGAAUAUAGAAUUCUAAGUUGAAAGUUGUAUUUUGAUGAUAUUUUAUUUUGGUCUGUCUUUUAUCGUUUUAUUGAGAAGUAAGCUUUAUAUAAUUACCUUUGCAGGCAAUCUGCUUUUCUGUCUCAUUUGAAAUUUAUCUAUUUGCCUUUGUUUUUUAACAGUUGCACAUUGAUAUGCCUAGGUGUAUUAACCUCCUUGGGGUUUAUAAUAUUUUUAAAUCUGUGGCUUAGUGGUUUUGGUGUGUGUGUGCACGCACACAGGUGUAUUUGGGGAAAUUCCUAGCUAUUAUCUAUUCAAAUUAUGCAUCUGCCUCAUUCUCUUUCUGUUUCUUUUAGGGAUAGCCUUAUUACCUAGAUCUCCUGUUGGCCUGUUUUCUAAUGGUUAUUUUUCUUGAGUUUUGCUGAUGUCCUAUAUCCUCAUAUGGUGAUUUUUAUAUCACUUGCCAGAUAAUAUAUAUUAAAAUUGUAGAGGUAAUAAGAUGGUCUGGAUAAUAUAUUCUUCCAGAGAGGAUUUGCCAUAGUUUCUAACAUAGCUUCUUAGGCUAGGAUCAGUAGUAAUCCCUGAUUACCUUUAUCCAGUCAUAUAUUAAGAUUAUUUGAAACUAGGCUUGAGUCUCUGGAAGAUUCAUCUUAUUAUAUGUUCAGAAUGUGAACAUAUAAACCUUAUUUCUAGGAUACUUUUAGGACUUAGGAGUUUGGGAGGUACAUCAGGCCCCUCCUCUUUGGAAAGACUUGAAUUCUAGUAUUUCUUCUUUGGUCACUUGAAUUUGUCAAAAAUUCUCUCCAGCCUCUCUUGCCCAGUAUUUGCCUUCAGAAUUAGCAAAUACCUCUUGGGAAUAAACAGUUUCAGACAUUAUGUCCCAAAUUUCAGACAUUAUGUCUUAUCUCCAAUUUUAUUCCUGCAAUUUCUCAUUGCCGUGGUAGCUUUCUUUAUGCCUUCAGAAAAUUAAAUGUGUUUAAUAUUUUCAUCCACCUUUUUUAGUUCUCAAAGGAAGUACUAGUCUGUACCACUUACUCUGCCACUGGCAGAUGUUUUCAAUUCGUUGAGAUAGCUGUUUAUAUUUAAGAAGUAUCAAGACUAAAAAUAUAUUUUCUUACUUUCCAAAAUUACUGACUUGUAAAUGAAAAUGCUUAGAUGUGCAGCAUUACUUUAUUCCAAUCUUUUGUUGCUAAAAGUCUUAAGGCAUUCACUCAUUUGUUAAAACCUUUACAAACUUUGAUACAUAAGAGAAAAUUACCUCUGGUGGUUUCAAAUUUUAUUUUGGUAGCUGCCAAAUUUAGCAAAUGGAAGAGAUUCACUAAAAGCUUCUCAGAUGUCUUUUUUAA